UGUGCGCAUGCGCAUUUGUUCAGGUACCGAUCCGAGAACAUUAAAAAUGGCGCAUACCUGGUUAACCCAGAAGCGCAUAACAUUUAUAUAUUUAUUCUUUGCAUCGUUAUUAGGAUACACAGCGGCGCAAUCAUGCACAAUUCCAAAGUACAUAAAGGGCGACUGGUUUGCCAUGAUUGGUGGAGACAGUGUUACAUUCUUAGUAGAUGACAAUAACUGGAACAACAUGCGCUGUUGGGAUUCCUAUGCACAUCCAAAACCUGUCGAGGGCACUGCUGGACAAAACCACACAUUUCUACUUAAGAAAGAGGACUGCUGGCAUUGUUUGGAUGUUCUUUGGAGAACUGCAAAUGUUCUGCAAUACAAACUUGGUAAAUGCCAGACAGGGCAGACAGUUCAACUCAAUGAUUGUGAGGCGCUCAAACCAAACAACGUGCUACCCACGGUGAAUGAAAUCAUCACAGUGUUCCGUCAGACAGACACUGUGUAUGUGAACUGUAUCUCAACAUUUGAGGGAGUCUUCCAAUUCACGUAUGAAGUUGACUCUGGCGGUGGUGGUAUCUGCGACAACCCCAACUCCAUCAUAAUGGCGUGUCAAGACCCUGGCUCUAGCUACAUAGACAAUCAGGUCUUCAGAAUGACCUAUGCAAUGUGUCGGGAUGUAGCGACAUCUUAUAACAAUGUUAUUCGGUACAAGUGCCUGGGUACGUGGUACGCGAUGAAAGGUCAGGACAAGCAAGGUCGGGGAGGUACGGGGUACACCUACGCCGCCAUUGAAGACACCGUUGAGAAGGACACGAGAGAGAAAUUCAAGUGCCUGAUGACAAACAGAAACCAGAAGGAAGCCUUUAACAAGGUUCGGUGGACCAUGUCUCGAUUUGCUCAGUGUACAUACCUGGAGAGUGCCUAUGUUGGACCGCUCAAACUGGUGCUCACAAGAGUGACCCCGGCCACUAACUACCUGACCCCGCAGUGCAGUCUGCCACGUAACCUGACAGGAACGUGGAUCACGCAGGGUGUGCAGUACAUGUCCAACAUCAAAAUCAACGACACGCAUAUCUACUACAACACCCGUAUCAACGAGUUUGAGUACCAGGAAACAUUCUUCUCCUGUCAGCAGUCACAGGGGACACGCUAUCUCAUGACCAAAGUGGUUGUAGGAAAGUGUGAGGUAGACUUUGUCUGCUUUGACUUGGUACGUCGUAGACACAGCAUUGUGCGCUACCGUGUGGGCAAACCAUAUCAAUACCUUACAUCAGGGGGCGAUAAAGACCAAUCAACUUUUCUACGUGAGACGUUUAGGGAUGCCUGCAGUUGGACGGCGUUCACAUUCGAUAGAGAUGAAUAUGAGUGGAACUAUGAGACCAUGAUCUUGGAUCCUCCAUCAGCGGUUCCCUGCCCCAUUGCUGGCCGAUACAAGUUUGGACAGCGUGCCCUGUCCAUCCAGGAAGAGUACCGCACCCGUAUCCGUGGUGUUACUGAGAAACCUCGUGUCAAGGUGCCCUGUAGAAAUUGGGUGACUGAACUCAAGUCUUGCAGUAACACGAUGACGAGGAUUGAAAUUGAUGCCGAGUAUUGCGAGUCUGUUGAUUACCGUGGAAGACCCAUCGGAGAGUAUGACGAGCCGGACAAUUACCUGAUGUGCGUUGGUUACUGGAUGGAGGACAUGAAGUCGUACCUUGUCACCUGGGAUGAGGAGGAUGCCAUCUCCAGCUAUCGUUGUUGGGUGUAUGAACGUAAGAGCUGGACUGGAGUGUACAUGUCCCGGGCCCAGAAUGCUCGUUGCCCCCGGUUACAGAUCGCCACUGACUACCAGAUACCCGGCACAGGGCUCUUCCUGGAUCUGACAGAGAAUGAAAGGCUGUUUGAUGACUGUCCUCAGCGGUUUGACCCUGGAUCAGAUGAACACAAGAAACCCAUCACCCUGUGGGUGCUCAGUGGGGCCACGCCCGUCUUCCCAUCAUUCCUUACACUGCUCAUCUCAAUAGUAACACUGGCGGUUACACUACACUAAUAUAUAGCUAUUUCAACUGUGACGUUAAAUUAUUAAGUAACAAAACAUUCACGCAUGUGUAUCUCUAGAGCAAAGGUAGAGGUUACACUUAAUGUUUAAUGUUUGAAAUUGUGGAUUUCUGGACUUAUUGGUAGAUUUUGAAAAUAUUGUAUGGCGAAAACUUUGGAUAAAUGGAUACUGAAAUUUCAGAUAGAUAACAGUGAUACUGGUGAAAUAGAAGAAUGGUAUCUGUUUCAUGUAUAUCUAUAAAGAAAUCUGUUCCAUGUCAGUAAGAUAAGAAAGAAAUGUUUACGUGUGCAAUGUUUUAUUCAAUUUUUCAAGUUGUUUUAGGGACACAAACUGAUGUGCUUUUAAUUUGGCACUGAAUUAAUCUGAUAGUACUAGAAUUGAAAGGGAACAUUCCAAGAAGGAAAAUCAUGCUUUUAACAUGUCAAUUUUCAUUGUAAAUACCAUUAGAAUGGUCUUCUUUUACCAUGAACAUAUCACUUUAUUAGCUGUUAUCUGUUUUUCUGAAGAAAAAAAAUGGAGGUAUUGUGAUAGCCUUGGUGUAAGUGUCGUGCACAAAACCUUAACCGUGGCCAUAAAUGAAAAACCAGUCAAGUAACGGAAAUCUCAACUCAAGUUUGAGUGUGAGUUGAGGUGAGUAACGGAAAUCGAAUGUUACUUGUGAGUUGUGACUUUCGGCUGUUCAAGAUAUUUAAAUGGAACUCUGGUAAUAGUUUGCAAAGUGACAAUGUGCACACGGCCAAAACUCUUAGUUUAAUUAUUGUCCAGUAACGGCUCUUUUUUUUGACAGAAGAAAACAGACUAGCGAUAGGUAUAUGCUCUGCGGCGCUAUUGUUACAGAUUAAAUUUGUAAAUAGAUACUGCAUAGAACAUGUUACUAUUUUGCAAGUAUGUGUAUAUAGGACCUUUAUUAUCUAUGUAUAUAUGCCAAUAUCUUCAUUUUUAAGUGCAUAUUUUUUAAAUUGUGAUAAUGUAAAUAAUAGUUUUCCAAUAAAGCAAUAGAAGUCCAACUGUUAAAAGUUAUUAAUUGGAAUUUUUACCCAUUGCAAACAUAACCACUUGCAUUGUUCCCUAUAUGAGGUGUUAUUACAACCUCACAAUAGUGCUUUCCAUAUCGCUAUCCGAACUAUUACUGAAUUUAGUUAUUCAUGCCGAAUGUUUAAAGAAAUCAAUACACCAUAUUGUUGAUAAACGAAACAUAUCAUAGAAGUAACAACACCAUUCCUUAUUUAACCAUUCCAGGUAGAUGCAUAUUAUUAAGGUGUAAAUUUGUAUAUAGUAUAUUUUUUACAUUCAUUUGAAUACAUUUAUCACGACUAUAAUUUACUCAGUAAAUAUUUUUCUACAUACAUGUAAGAAUAAAAGAUAAAAA